UAAAAAAGUUGAAGUAGCUGUGCCUUCGCUGUUAGCGUAUGAACGUGGAAGCUUUGAGGAAGUUCCUAAACAUUAAGAUUUAGCUUUCAGAAGGAGAUAAUGUUUUGAACCGAGGGAGCGUGUGUUGAAUCGUUUUCGAGUGCGCCGCGCUCCAGAAACUGUAAGUAAGCAUGGCUGGAAUUACUGAGAAAGACGUUCCGCAUUUGACAGAAGUGGACUCGGACUCUCGGCUGGAGGCACAAAAACUGUCGAAUGGCCCCCGUAGUCAUUCAUCAGAUACCCCUCAGCUAUACAAGAGGCGUUGGGCUAUAGUGUUCCUGUUCAGCGCGUAUUCCCUGUGUAACGCCUUCCAGUGGAUUCAGUACGGCAUCAUCAACAACAUCUUUAUGAAGUUUUAUAGCGUCGAGUCCUUCACUAUCGACUGGAUGUCAAUGAUCUACAUGCUGACUUACGUUCCACUGAUUUUCCCAGUAACGUGGCUACUGGACAAGAAGGGGCUACGGGUUAUAGCUCUGGUGGGUUCGGCGCUGAAUUGCGCGGGUGCUUGGAUCAAGACUGCCAGCGUGAGACCGGACCUCUUCCCCGUCACGUUCUGUGGUCAGUUCGUCUGCGCGACGGCACAGGUCUUCAUUCUGGGGAUGCCGUCCCGUAUAGCAUCUGUUUGGUUUGGGGCACACGAAGUGUCUACCGCCUGCUCCAUCGGAGUUUUCGGGAAUCAGUUGGGGGUUGCACUUGGCUUCUUGAUUCCUCCAGUCUUGGUUCCAAAUGAGGAAGACAUGGAUAAACUUGCUCGACACAUUAGUGUCAUGUUCUAUGGAACUGCUGCUAUUGCAACCCUGCUCUUUAUUCUUGUGAUUAUUGUAUUUCAGGAGAAACCAAAGGUACCUCCUAGCCAUGCUCAGGCUGCCAUUGAAGCCAUUCGGGAGAAUAAGUACUCUUACCUGCAGUCCAUUCUGCGGCUCAUCAAGAAUAGGCCUUUCAUCCUUCUCAUCAUCACUUAUGGUAUAAACACUGGAUCAUAUUAUGCUGUAUCCACAUUGCUGAACAAAAUGGUCAUUGCACAAUAUCCAGAUGAAGAGGUCAAUGCUGGUAGAAUUGGGCUAACUAUUGUAGUGUCAGGAAUGGCUGGAUCUCUGAUAUGUGGGAUAUGCCUGGACAAAACUAAAAUGUACAAACAGACAACUUUAAUUGUAUAUGUGAUGUCACUUAUCGGAAUGAUAAUCUAUUCAUUCACACUGAAUCUGGGAUAUCUUUGGGUCCUGUUUGUCACUGGUGCAGCUUUGGGGUUCUUCAUGACAGGAUAUCUCCCAAUUGGCUUUGAGUUUGCUGUGGAACUGACAUACCCAGAGUCUGAAGGCACAUCUUCAGGACUACUUAAUGUUUCUGCUCAGAUUUUUGGAAUACUGUUUACCAUUGUACAGGGGCAGCUCAUUGACUCAUUUUCAAGUCUUGCUGGAAAUCUCUUCCUUUGUGCAUUUCUCAUAAUCGGAACCAUCAUGACUGGUUUUAUAAAGUCAGAUCUUCGUAGGCAAAAUGCCAAUCAAUUAUCUACGGCUGCUACUGGAGGGAGUAGUCCACUUGCCACGGAUUAUGGGGCGAAUGCUUCCACUUUUCCUGAUUCCUUUUGAUCACUUACUUAACACAAAAGCACAAAUAUUCAAAGAUGCCUAGCAAUCAAGAGAAGGAGCACAUCAUGGUGAUUACAUUGAAGGAAGCAAAACUCUAAAGGCGUCGGCUGUACGGCAGCACUAUAGCACAUUUUGUUUACUCCGUGAAGACUGCCUGAAGAAGAAAGCAAAGUUUGGACGGAUAUGGCAGAAAAGGAGGCCAAGUGCCUACUGACUUUGUGUUAUUUAAUUAAUUGCACUAACAAGGAAAAUCUUCAGUAAUCUGCAAAAUAUGUACAUUUUUUAAAUCAGUAACGUUAAUUGUUUUUAUUUUUUGGGAAACUUAAAAAAGGAGGCACAUGGCAAGACUAUUUCCUUUUGGGGUAAUAGUAAUGUAGAGUGCCAUUUAGAAGCCAGACAUAAAGAAGGUGAUAGCAGUUUUGGUUAAACCUUAAUGUUUCCACAUCUUGCUGCAGACUUUUUUUUGACAAAAACAAAGAUUUUUGGCUGGAUCCAUUUCACUACCUAUGUGUUCAUCUUAACACUUUAGAAGGAUACGGAAUACUAUUCUAAAUUAGAAUAAAUGGACAGUGACUAAAAGUGACUUACAUAUAUUAUGGAACAGCUGCUCAAGUUGUCUUAAGCAAUUUUCUUUUUAUCCCAGUUCAUUUUUGUAAAGUACCUGGCUUACUGGGUAGAAUUUCAUAUUUGGGCACAAUUUCUGUGUUUAACACUAUGUCACAAAAAGAAAUUGGAUGAUUGUUUUUUUUUAGUUUACAGAAUCUGCUUGUUUUUUAUGUGCACAUCUAAUGCUGGCUUCAGGGUCUCUGUAGAAUGGUUUUUGAGUAAUCAUGCUUGAUCGGUAAGCCACGCUCAAGAUGGCUUCCAUCUCUCAUUGCUCAGGGCAAUACCUAGACCCUAAAUAUUAAUUGCAACUCGCAGACUAGCUCUGCUGGAAGAAGUUUGAUAAUGAAAACCUGCUUUUUCAGGACCAUUUACUAGCUGUAUUUUUAUAGAAUGUUGCAUACAGAAACUUCUGUUCUGUGCUUACCCAUCUUGUCAGUUUGUGGAUAUGUGAUGUGGUCAGUGAACUAGGUUAUUUUUUUGGACCCCGUUUAGUUUUGUGCUGUCACUAGGCAAAGAAGGGUGCUACUAACAUAUACCACAACCGGGACUUUUUAAACCAACUAAAUUACACCUAUAUGAAAUCUACAUUCAUAUAGUUAACAUUGAGAAAAGGGCCACAGUCUUUUUGUUCUUUUUCCCUAUUAGUAAAUACUACGGAACUGAUAACAGUGAAAGUGGCAAGUGGUUUUCUUUGAAAAUAAUGGUCGCUCAGGUAAUAACGAAAGAAAAAUAUUCUUGUACUGUAAAUACCUAUUCGAUCACAUGGAUCUUUUUCCUCUUGUCUUAAAACACUGAGGUUAUUGCUGCAUUUUUCAGUUCAUUAUCAAGAUCCUAAUUAUUGGUUUGUCACUCAUUCUUUUUAAAUUACUGUAUAUGUUAAUGUCAUUAAGUCUUACAAAUAGCACUGGGAACUUUUAUAUUUUAUAACUGAUUAAAAAUAAAAAUUUCAUUCAGAUUAUGAAGUUACAGCAUUCUGAGAAGUUUAUGUAAACUAUUACUCCAUCUUAUUACCCCCACACACCUACCUACCCAUUUAUU